GGAAAAAUGGCAGCUUCCAGUUGGAAAACCCUAGAAGUUUGUAAACACCAUGAACAAAAAGAUGUGUGUUUUAGCAGAGCUAAAUAUAGAGAAAGGAGGCCCACAGCUGUUCGAGUUUACACCAUCAACCUGGAGUCCUGUUACCUGUUGAUUCCGGGUGUGCCAGCAGUAGGUGUUAUGACGGAAUUGGUUCAGCUUUUUGCAAUUUAUGGAGCUGUUGAAGAAUACCGUGUAUUAGAUGAUUACCCUGCAGAAUGGGGCAGCAGUUUCACAGAAGUGUACCUCAUUAAAUUCCAGAAUCUACAGAGUGCAAGAAUUGCCAAGCGGAAACUGGAUGAAAGGAGCUUCUUUGGUGGAUUGCUUCACGUGUGCUAUGCUCCAGAAUUUGAAACCGUGCAGGACACAAGAGAAAAAAUAAAAACUUGUAUAAAACAGCAGAAAUAUGUGGAACCUGAUACAUCAAAGGAAGUUGUUAACAAUUUGCAAAAAGAGACCACAGAAAUCGAGACAGAAAGGUCCCCUCCCAGUGAUAGGAGGAAAUAUCAUGGGUCCAAGGAAGCAUCGUUCACAAUGACUAACACUUCUGUUGCCAGAUUUAUCCCAAGGACUACGCAUUUGCAAGACAGGAAAAGAAGAAAGGAACAAGUAGCUGUAGAUUCACUGAUUGGAAUUGACAAAAACGACGCAGAAAUAUUUGUAGGUCCAAAAUUACCAGAAGAACCCAAGGUGGAUGAUUCGCUAAACAUGUCAGUCGAUUUCAUUAGAAACAGAUUAUGA